CAGAGAAAACCCUCUUUUUGUUCUCUCACUUUCUCUCUGUCCAAAAUUACAGUUUAUGCUUUCGUGAAGUUUCACGGUCUUCGACUCAAACUGAAGCUCACAAAACCCAUCUCAGGAACUGUGUUGUUUUUCCCAGAGUUGACUGUAUCUUUCAGCCCUUGUACUGAAUUUAUGUUAUCUAGCAUUCCAUUGAUUUUUCUGGACAUAUCAGCUAUAAAAGUUGUUAGCUGGUCUUGUACAGAGAGAUUGUUGGAUUCUAAACUUGGGUGAAAGUUUUUAGUAGAAGAGUGUUUGUACUGCAUUAAAAUUGUAUCAAUGGAACACAAUUUCGGUCAAGAUUCUGUUCCUGCAUCUGGGUCCUUUGAUAAGUCUAGGGUUUUAAAUGUUAAGCCGUUGAGAACUCUUGUCCCUGUGUUUCCUUCACCAUCUAAUCCCUCUUCAUCUUCAACUCCACAAGGUGGUGCUCCUUUUGUUUGUGUUUCUCCCUCUGGUCCUUUCCCCUCUGGGGUUGCACCCUUCUACCCUUUCUUUAUCUCACCUGAGUCCCAGAGGCUUUCUGAACAAAAUGCACAAACUCCUGCCGGUCAACGUGUACCUGCAGCCCCAAUAUCUACUGCAGUUCCGAUUAAUUCAUUUAGGACACCUACUGGGGCUACAAAUGGACAUGUGGGCUCAUCGCGAAGGACUGCCCGAAAUCGUGGACAGUUUACAGAGGAAGAUGGUUACAGUAAUGUUGAGAUGAGUGGAAUUGAUGCAGAAGAUGGAACUGGGGAUAGGAGGUCGAGGCGCAAGUCACAGAAGAAUGUUGAGAUGGGUGAAAUUGACACAGGAGAUGGUACUGGGGAUGGGAGGUCAAAGCGCAAGAAGACGGCAAAGGAACGGCGGGGUGGCGGUUCUGGUGGUGAUGAUUCGGAUGCUUUGGCUAAUGACAUUCUCAAAACAAUUAACCCCGUAGUGUUUGAUGUACUAAAUCAACCUGAGGGUAGCAGGGACGCAGUUGCAUAUACACUUAUGGUAUAUGAAGUGCUACGAAGAAAGCUAGGACAAAUUGAAGAGACAACCAAGGAAGCCCAUUCUGGAGCAAAACGGCCUGAUUUGAAGGCAGGUACAAUUAUGUUGAGAAAAGGGGUUCGCACUAAUAGCAAGAAACAUUUUGGAGUUGUGCAAGGUGUUGAGAUUGGGGAUAUUUUCUUUUUCAGAUUUGAAUUGUGCUUAGUAGGAUUGCAUUCUCCUUCUAUGGCUGGAAUUGAUUACAUGACUUCCAAAGCCAGUCAAGAGGAAGAGCCUUUAGCUGUCAGUAUUGUCUCAUCUGGAGGGUAUGAAGAUAAUGUGGAUGAUGGGGAUGUUCUGAUUUACAGUGGCCAAGGCGGGGCUAGCCGUGAAAAGGGAGCAAGUGAUCAAAAGCUUGAAAGGGGUAAUCUUGCAUUGGAAAAGAGCCUGCAUCGAGGUAAUGAUGUGAGAGUAAUUAGGGGUUUGAAGGAUAUAGCGCAUCCAACUGGAAAGGUAUAUGUCUACGAUGGUCUUUACAAGAUUCAGAAUUCGUGGGUGGACAAAGCAAAAUCUGGUUUCAACGUAUUCAAGUAUAAAUUAGUCAGGUUGCCUGGGCAGCCUGAAGCAUACAUGAUAUGGAAAUCCAUUCAACAAUGGACUGAGAAGUCUGCUUCUAGAAUGGGGGUUAUAUUGCCUGAUCUUACUUCUGGGGCCGAAAAUUUACCUGUUUGUCUUGUGAACGAUGUUGAUAACGAGAAGGGCCCUGCAUAUUUCACUUACUGCCCUGGUCUCAAGAAUUUGAAGCUAACAGCUCCUUUGGAAUCUAAUGCUGGAUGUUCUUGCAUUGGUGGAUGCCAACCUGGCAAUUUUAACUGUCCUUGCAUACAAAAGAAUGGAGGUUAUCUCCCAUAUUAUGCAAAUGGGGUACUUGCGGACCUAAAAUCCGUGAUUCAUGAGUGUGGUCCUUCGUGUCAGUGCCCUCCUAAUUGCCGAAACCGGGUUUCGCAAGGUGGCUUGAAAUUUCGUUUGGAGGUGUUUAGAACCAAGGAUAAAGGGUGGGGUCUAAGAUCAUGGGAUCCUAUUCGUGCUGGAACCUUCAUAUGUGAGUAUGCAGGGGAAGUUAUAGAUAAUGCUAGAGUAGAGGAGCUAGGUGGUGAAAAUGAAGAUGAUUACAUUUUUGAUUCUACUCGCAUUUAUCAGCAAUUGGAAGUUUUUCCUGGUGACACUGAAGCUCCAAAGAUCCCAUCACCCCUUUAUAUAACAGCAAGAAAUGAAGGGAAUGUUGCUCGGUUUAUGAAUCACAGCUGCUCUCCAAAUGUAUUAUGGCGUCCAGUCGUACGUGAAAAUAAGAAUGAAUCUGAUCUCCACAUUGCUUUUUAUGCAAUUAGACAUAUCCCUCCUAUGAUGGAGUUAACUUAUGAUUAUGGGAUAGUUCUUCCUCUCAAAGUAGGCCAGAAGAAAAAGAAAUGCUUCUGUGGAUCUGCGAAAUGCAGGGGUUACUUUUGUUAGUUGUCUGAUGAGUUUUGGAUGCGGUGCCCCCUGAAUAUUAUACUUAAGCUCUAGCUAUGGCAGACAGAAGGAUGGAACUAUUUUUAAAGAUGUUAGCAGACCAACUGUUCCUUUUUGGAAGUUCUAGUGAAUUGGCAAAGGGAAGUAAGAUAUAUAAGUUAACUGUAAGACACAUUUUGUGUAAUUUGUUUCUUUUUUCCUGCUGUUAGCUUUAUGUUACUCUCUUGGGAAGGAUUUUGAAUAGGGCUUUUAGGUCCAUAUGGUAAGUAUGAAUUUUAUGUUUAGUUUGUUCCCAUCAUUCCCAAGAAUUAUGUUGAUACUCUAUUUUUGGCAUUUGCUUGGCCUACAAAUAAUUAGUUUGAACUAUCAAAGUAUAGCUCUUUGUUUUGGAAAUAA